UUUUAAAGCCAGGCCUCUCUCUCUCUCUCUCUCUCUGCAGGCUGCUGUGGCAGUGUGAGAGGGAGCCUUUAAACAUGUCUGCCUGAAAGCACCCUUGGCAGGAUCAGCCCCUCCCCGGCUUGCAGCACACACUGGCCUCUUGCUCAAGGCUACCAGCAGCAGCAGAUUUACUUCUAAACAAUUAACGUGAUCAUGGGAGAUAUGAAGACCCCAGACUUUGAUGACCUCCUUGCGGCGUUUGACAUCCCGGAUAUGGUUGACCCUAAAGCUGCUAUUGAAUCGGGACAUGAUGAUCACGAAAGCCACAUAAAGCAGAACGUACAUGCUGAUGACGACUCCCAUGCGCCCUCGUCAUCAGAUGUCGGUGUAAGUGUCAUUGUGAAAAACGUGCGAACUGUCGAUUCUUCUGAAGGAGCAGAGAAAGAUGGCCAUCAUCCCACGGGCAAUGGUUUGCAUAACGGGUUUCUAACUGUAUCGACUCUAGAAGGCUAUAACAAAGAGGAAGGGAAAUCUCUGAAGGAUGAGAGCUCUGUUUCAGAGACUACACUCAAAGAGUCUGCCUUCAAUCAGUUUAGUCCUAUCUCAAGUGCCGAAGAGUUCGACGAUGACGAAAAAAUUGAGGUGGAUGAUCCUCCAGAUAAAGAAGACAUGCGUGGAAACUUUAGAGCGAAUGUAUUAACAGGGUCUGUCUCCCAACAGGAAUACGAGACGCUUAAGGUACUUGGAGGAGAAAACCUCAUUAAGCCUGGAGUUACUGGUUCAGGUAAUGCAGAUAAAAACAAAGUCGUUAAAAGAGACUCUGAAGCAAACUCAGCGCCUUUGGGUAUGUACGAACCUUUUAAAAUGAGGAAAAUAGAUGAUAAGCUGCUUAAAGAAAACUCUGAAAAACUACUUGAAAACAGGGCACUUGAUGGGAAAACAGGCACAGAAAAAGGAGAAGUAACCCUUGCCAGCGUUUCACAGUCUAAAGCGAAAUCGUCAGCAAAACUUUCCUCAUGUAUUGCUGCAAUUGCAGCGCUUAGUGCUAAAAAAGCAGCAACGGACACCAGUAAAGACCCACAGUCUAAUUCAGGAGAAUCUUCUCCGUUGCCGAAAGAUAUGAAUGAAAGUCCUAGGGCCUUGGACAAAUCACCGGAAUCCCAGAGUCUCAUCGAUUGUGCUAAAAAAUCCUCAGCGAAACAGCCUGAUAGUCCUAGGAGUGUAUCGAGUGAAAACAGCAGUAAAGGAUCUCCUCCGUCUCCUGCAGGCUCAACACCAGCAAUUCCAAAAGUUCGUAUAAAAACCAUCAAGACGUCAUCCGGGGAAAUCAAGAGAACGGUUACAAGGGUGUUGCCGGAAAUUGAUUUGGACAGUGGGAGGAAACCGGACCAAACUGGUUCCAUGGUUGCUUCCGUGACAUCGCUGUUGUCUUCUCCAACCUCUGCAGUCCUUUCUUCUCCUCCUAGGGCACCUCUUCAGUCAACAGUUGUCGCCAAUGCUGUGACGACAGCGGAACUCGCUCCCAAACAGGUUACCAUUAAGCCCGUGGCUACUGCUUUUCUUCCAGUUUCGGCUGUUAAGACAGCAGGGUCGCAAGUUAUCAAUCUGAAACUGGCUAACAACACAACGGUGAAAGCCACAGUAAUAUCCGCUGCGUCGGUGCAGAGUGCCAGCAGUGCCAUUAUCAAAGCCGCCAACGCGAUACAGCAGCAGACUGUUGUGGUGCCAGCCUCGAGCCUUGCCAGUGCAAAACUUGUGCCAAAGACGGUCCAUCUUGCCAACCUUAAUCUACUGCCUCAAAGUGCUCAGACCACCUCGGAACUCCGCCAAGUGCUAACAAAACCUCAGCAACAGAUCAAGCAGGCAAUAAUUUCUGCGGCAGCGUCACAGCCUUCUAAAAAAGUAUCUCGCGUCCAGGUGGUGUCAUCUUUGCAGAGUUCAGUGGUUGAAGCUUUCAACAAGGUGCUCAGCAGUGUUAACCCUGUCCCGGUUUACGUCCCAAACCUCAGUCCUCCUGCAAACGCAGGUAUCACUUUGCCCACGCGCGGUUACAAGUGUUUGGAGUGUGGGGACUCGUUUGCUCUCGAAAAGAGUCUGACGCAGCACUACGAUCGGAGGAGUGUGCGGAUUGAGGUCACCUGCAACCAUUGCACAAAAAACCUUGUUUUCUACAACAAAUGCAGCCUCCUCUCCCACGCCCGGGGACAUAAAGAGAAGGGAGUUGUGAUGCAGUGUUCCCAUUUGAUUCUGAAACCGGUUCCUACAGAUCAAAUGAUUGCUUCCCCUGUAGGUAAUACUUCCAUUGCAUCAUCCGUUCUUCAAAGCCCUGUUGGUGUGGGCACCCAUACUGUAGCAAAGAUACAGUCCGGCAUAACCGGGACAGUCAUAUCGGCUCCAGCGAGCACUCCUGUGCCUCCAGCUAUGCCUCUGGACGAAGACUCAUCAAAGCUAUGCCGGCAUAGCCUGAAGUGUUUGGAGUGUAACGAAGUUUUCCAAGACGAGACAGCUCUAGCUACUCACUUCCAGCAUGCUGCAGACUCAAGUGGACAAAAAACCUGCAGUAUAUGCCAGAUGCUGCUUCCCAACUUGUGCAGUUUUGCAUCACACCAGAGAAUCCAUCAGCAUAAAUCUCCCUACACCUGUCCGGAAUGCGGAGCCAUCUGCCGAUCAGUCCAUUUCCAGACCCAUGUCACCAAGAACUGCCUCCAUUACACACGGAGAGUUGGAUUCCGCUGCGUCCAUUGCAAUGUGGUCUACUCAGAUGUGGCAGCGCUCAAGUCUCACAUUCAAGGUUCUCACUGUGAAGUGUUCUACAAAUGUCCCAUCUGUCCGAUGGCAUUCAAGUCUGCCCCCAGCACGCAUUCCCAUGCCUACACGCAACACCCCGGGAUCAAGAUCGGGGAGCCAAAAAUAAUAUACAAAUGUUCCAUGUGUGACACAGUGUUUACUCUGCAACCUUUGCUGUAUCGCCACUUUGACCAACACAUUGAGAACCAGAAGGUCUCGGUCUUCAAGUGUCCGGACUGUUCUCUCUUGUACGCACAGAAGCAACUGAUGAUGGAUCAUAUCAAGUCUAUGCACGGGACACUGAAGAGUGUUGAGGGGCCUCCAAACCUGGGCAUCAGUCUGCCGCUGAGCACAAAGCCCACCACUCAGAACUCGGUGGGUCAAAACAAAGAGGACUCCAAGUCUGUUAACGGGACAGAAAAGACAGAGAAGAAAUCCCCUUCCCCUGUAAAGAAAGCGGAGCCCAAAAAAGUACCCAAUCCUGGCUGGACGUGCUGGGAAUGCGACCGGCUGUUUACGCAGAGAGACGUUUACAUAUCCCACAUGAGGAAGGAGCAUGGAAAGCAAAUGAAGAAGCAUCCAUGCCGCCAGUGUGACAAAUCUUUCAGUUCCUCACACAGCCUCUGCCGCCACAAUCGUAUCAAGCACAAAGGCAUUAGGAAAGUAUACACCUGCUCGCACUGCCCAGAUUCAAGACGGACUUUCACUAAGCGAUUGAUGCUAGAAAAACACAUUCAGCUGAUGCACGGCAUUAAGGAGCCCGUCGUGAAAGAGAUGGCAGAAUCAACCAACAUAAGAGAAAGUGAAGUCAAGGAAGAUACCAAGGUUCCCAGUCCAAAGCGUAAAUUGGAGGAACCAGUGCUGGAGUUCAGGCCCCCACGAGGAGCCAUCACUCAGCCCCUGAAGAAGCUGAAGAUCAACGUUUUCAAAGUCCACAAGUGUGCGGUGUGCGGCUUCACGACAGAGAACCUCCUCCAGUUCCACGAACACAUCCCCCAGCAUAAAUCCGACGGCUCUUCCUACCAGUGCCGGGAAUGCGGUCUCUGCUACACCUCCCACGUCUCCCUUUCCCGGCACCUCUUCAUCGUGCAUAAGCUGAAGGAGCCGCAGCCAGUCUCCAAACAGAACGGAUCCGGGGAAGACAGCCAACAAGAGAACAAACCCAGCCACGAGGAGGAGGCCUCCGAGAACGCCAUGUCCGACCGGAAAUGCAAAGUUUGCUCAAAGACCUUUGAAACGGAAGCUGCCUUAAACACUCACAUGCGGACUCAUGGGAUGGCCUUUAUUAAAUCCAAACGGAUGAGUUCGGCUGAAAAAUAACCUGCCCUCUCCUCCAUCUCGCACGUGUAUUCCGAACGCAAAAAAAAAAAAAGCAAACCAACCCUUCUCUACUUCAGAAGACAAAUGAUUUUUUUUUUGGUACAGGAAGUUCACCUACAGUAAUAGUGUUAACGGUUCUGCCCAAGCUGUUGCAAUAUCGUCUAUAUAUAAUCUUCCUCACGUCUUCACUAUAGAUCAUAGGUAUAUGUAAAGAGAUAGAUAUAUAUAGACAGUUUGUGUAUACGUCUGCAUAUACAUACAGACCUGCACACACGUAACGUCUACCCUCCUCCCAAAAAUAUGGCAUUAAAUAAAGCAGUAUUUGAGAUGAAUAGAGUAUGUAUAUAUUUAAACAGAUGAUUUUUAUACUUUUUGUUAUGUGUUUGUAUUGAUAUUUAGUAGAAAAAAACCCUGGUUUUUUUUGUUUUUGUUCUGUCUUUUUAAAUAAUUUGUUUAAAGCAGAGUUCUUAAUAUUGGGGCAAUACUUAGGGUUCCGUUCAACAGCUUCGCACAUGGUCCCUUUCUGAUGUUACUUAAGCAGUGUGGGAGACAGACCCCUGUUCCUCUUUCUUAAAGGGCUCUGACAACAUCAGUUCCCUGAUCACAUGACAGAAGCCCUUAUCACAUGAUUCCUUUUCAUGCCAGCACUCCCCCUGCAGGGCAAUGGUGGUGGUGCUGUUGGUAGCAAUCCCAUGUAAUUUAAGAGCUUCUGAAUUUACCAAGGAUGUAGGAAGGAUGGAUACAACAGCAGCCUCCACACCCUAAAGUUGAUGGCCAAGUGGGACCUGUCAAUCCUAAAGUCAGAAUGGGCCCAAAGAAGCAGGGCUUUUUUUGUAGCAGGAACUCCUUUGCCUAUUAGGCCCCACACCCCUGAUGUAGCCAAUCCUCCUGGAGCUUACAGCAGGCCUUGUACUAAGAGCCCUGUAAGCUCUUGGAGGAUUGGUACAUCAGCGGUGUGUGGCCUAAUAGGCAAAGGAGUUUCUGCUACAAAAAAACCCAACCCUGCAAAGAAAUAUUUUCAGAAGGUUGUGCCUGAUUAAUCAGAACCAGAGGGAAGAAAAGCAAGUUGGGUUUUAUUUUCCGUUUGUUUUUUUCCUGAAUAACCAGGACCCUGAGUCGCAAAUAAUGUAGUGCAUUUUUAGAUUUUUUUUUUCAUGACCAAAAGGGAGAGUAGUUGGAAUCAAGUUACUUUAAUCUCUUGUAUAAGGCCUUUAGGUGCUUUUUUUGUAAAUCAUGUCUAAUAUAAGAGAGUCUCUCCACCUAUAGAGAACACAUUGGGCACAAGGCAUCUGGCUGUUCUUUUCCAAAAAAAAGGCCCAUUGAAAUGAAUAAGCCUCAUGGGAAAGUGCUGUGGAUUCUAGAGCAGGAGGGAGUUUGGAUGGAUUAUGCGCAUCUGAUGCAUCCAACAUACUUGGAGAGACUUUCUUGCAUUAUCCAGGAAAAUCAUCAUAGUGCCGGUCUCUGUACGCAAGGAGAACUACAUAGGAUCUGAUUGAUUUGGAGGGUCUCUUGCCUAAAGCCCCCAUUGAAAUCAAUAGGAAUCACACAAAAACCUCCCGUCAAUCAUUUCAGUAGACUUUGUUCAGGAGAACAUGUGCCGGUGGGUUGUCCUGCUCACAUUUCUUAACCAUCACGCUCCUUUAUCUCCUCUGUUGCACUUUUUGAAUACGGCUGGUGGACUCCCCAUAAGCCUUGUUAAAAUCGGCAAAGCCAGUAUUUACGUUAGUAUUUUCCUACAAAAUAGGAUGCAGAAUUAAGCUUAGCUGCUCGAGACUGAUCAAAAUAUGUACAGUUCUGUGAAUACGUUUACAGUUAUGGAGGGUUAUGGGGGUGGGAGGGGAAAGUUGCACAUCAUGUAGUUUCUUAAAAUGCUUAUAUUGGAACCAUUUAUAAGGCAUUAUCCGUUUUCACUUGAUCUGAAGGACUGUAAGUCUUGAUGCGCGGCUUGUGUUGGCGGGUAUGGAGUCACUCCUUUAUGCUAAAGCCAGCUGUUCCAGUACUUAAAGGGUAAAUGGGGAACUGCUAAUAGGGUUAAUAAACUAAUGCACAGA